AUGAGCUCAUCCGCUGCUGUCUCAAAGGCUCGGCCCUAUGGAGAUCUGAAGGAGAUUAUCAGUAUCAAGGAUUGUUAUUGUCUUAAUGAAGACCCUAAAAAUACAUUUUGUAACCUUUUUGUAGGUGACGAAACACUGCAAUUAAAGUCCGAUGCUGAUGAGCAAUUAAUGCUCUAUAUUGAGUUCCAGGAUACGGUCAAGCUCUAUUCCCUGAAUCUCGUGGCUCCAUCGGGUUCAGAAGCUCCUCGUCUUUUGCAAGUCUUUAUAAAUCGUCCAAAUCUUGGCUUUUCAGAUGCAGGAGAUGUUGAACCUACGCAGAUUAUUGCGCUAAAGGAAGAAGAUUUAUUGCCUGAGAAUGAUGUCGAGUUACGUUUUGUCAAGUUCCAGCGUGUGAAAAACAUUACAAUUUUUGUAGAAGCGAACAAUGGUGCUGACGAAACUGUCAUUUCAAGUCUCAAGUUCUUUGGUGAACCUCUUGCAGGAACAAACAUGAACGAGUUUAAAAAGAUCAGCGAUGAAUGA